CUGCUUAGCUGUGUUUCUCUUCUACCUGUACUAACAUUUUCAUGGCGGAAGUGCCUUCUCCAUUACAAGAACAACAACCCUCGUUUGAUCCAAUUUUAGGGUUUAACUCUUCCAUUCAUCUCUCUGACAACUCUGUUGAUCACCAUUACACCACAAUCACACAACGGAGAGAGAGAGGGAUUUCCACUAUCCAGAUGUUUCUGUGUAAAUCCUACUGAAGUUGGAAAGUCCAUACUAGUUAUGGUUCAAGAGAAUUUCACGGCACAGAAAAGAGCGUCGUCCGGCGGUGGCGCCGGCGGCGGCUUGCCGGAAACCAGAGGCCGUGGAAUUGGAGCGAUGCCGCGUGGUAGGCAGAUCCGUAAGACUUUCAACAACAUCAAGAUAACGAUUCUCUGCGGAUUUGUUACUAUUCUCGUCCUACGCGGCACCAUCGGCGUCGGAAACCUAGGGAGCUCCGACGCCGACGCAAUCAACCAGAAUCUUAUAGAGGAGACCAACCGGAUCCUCGCGGAGAUCCGAUCGGAUUCCGACCCGAACGACCCCGAUGAACUUGCCGAGUCCAAGAUAGACCCUAAUAUCACCUACACGCUGGGUCCGAAGAUCACUAAUUGGGAUGAUGAACGCAAGGUAUGGCUCAGCCAAAACCCUGAGUUCCCUAAUUUUAUCAAUGGAAAAGCUAGGAUUCUCCUCGUAACUGGGUCGCCUCCGAAACCCUGUGACAACCCGAUUGGGGAUCAUUAUUUGUUGAAAUCGGUUAAGAACAAGAUUGAUUACUGUAGGAUUCAUGGGAUAGAAAUUGUGUAUAACAUGGCGCACUUGGAUAAGGAGCUUGCUGGGUAUUGGGCAAAGCUGCCAUUGAUUAGGAAGUUGAUGUUGUCUCAUCCUGAAGUAGAGUGGAUAUGGUGGAUGGAUAGUGAUGCACUGUUUACUGAUAUGGUUUUUGAGAUCCCAUUAGCAAAAUACAGUAAUUCUAACUUAGUUAUUCAUGGGUAUCCUGACUUGCUAUUUGAACAAAAGUCAUGGAUUGCUUUGAAUACAGGGAGUUUUCUAUUUAGGAAUUGUCAAUGGUCAUGGGAUUUGUGGGAUGUAUGGGCACCAAUGGGGCCAAAAGGUCCAAUCCGGGAGGAGGCUGGGAGGAUUUUGACGGCAAAUUUGAAGGGGAGACCGGCUUUUGAGGCCGAUGAUCAGUCUGCACUUAUUUACUUACUGCUUUCACAGAAGGAUCAAUGGAUGGACAAGGUGUUUGUAGAGAAUCAGUACUAUCUGCACGGUUUCUGGGAAGGAUUGGUAGAUAGGUACGAGGAAAUGUUAGAGAAGUAUCAUCCAGGACUUGGUGACGAGAGGUGGCCUUUCGUCACUCAUUUUGUAGGUUGCAAGCCUUGUGGGAGCUAUGCAGAUUAUGCGGUAGAAAGGUGCUUGAAGAGCAUGGAGAGGGCUUUCAAUUUUGCAGAUAAUCAGGUGCUUAAGCUCUAUGGGUUUGGACACAGAGGGCUGUUGAGUCCCAAGAUUAAGAGGGUCAGGAAUGAGACAACCACUCCAUUGGAGUCUGUAGAGAAGUUUGAUGUCCGCGGAUCAACAAUUGGGAAAAGUGAAUCACAUAGCUAGUGAGGGAGAAACAUAUUCAGUGUGUCAUAAUCUAUAGGUAAUAUAAUUCCUCAGUUGAAAUUUGAAAGUUAGAUUUGAAUUUGAUAACACUUUUAGGUUUUACAAGUAAUUUUUGUUUCAUCUGCUGCUCUAUACUGCUCUCGAGAACAAACGAUAAGAAUUCUUUCAUUGACUAGUUUUUAUAGAAUGUCCUGGUAAUUUAUUAUGAAUGAAAUUCUUGGAUAGUUUGGUAUUUCCUUAUAAUUCCCUCUAGUUUUACAGGGUUGAGCCAUUGGUGGAAACAUGUUUACACUUUUACUAAAUGAUAUACCGAUGAUCUGAGUUUUAUGCGUUA